CACCAAUAGCUCAAUAUGAUCAUAACACGAUUGCUUUCAUAUCAGAGAUCAGAUGAGGUGGAGCUGCCUCCAGCAAUAGAGGAUGAGACAGAGAGAAGCAGCAGCAGCACAGGGUUGCAGCAGGUUGUGGUUCUGGGUGGGGAGGCCGAGCGGCUGUUGUCAAGCAAGCCGGGGUCGUUGCCAUGCAGGAGGGGUUUUACUCAGGAGGAAUACAUCAUCCAAACAGACCAAGAGCUGGCAAAGGGACAGGCUGUCUUCAACGUGAGCUUCAUGGACUGCGGUAGAGGGAAGGUGUGGAUGGAGGUUGGAGAUUCGUCUGAUUUCGGGGUGAGCGGGGACGGUGUUGUCUUUGCCCUGCGCCGACUCAGCCUGGUGGGGAAUGAAGAAUCUCUGGAGGUGAUCUACGCAAGAGACCUGCAGUCCAAACAGGUGUGGAAGACCAGAGUGCACCUCCACCUUCAUCCACAGGCCAACAGCACGGGACCUCUGCAGGUAAAGCUUGAUGAUGCAACACUGACUCAGCGGGUACCAGAGAUCUUGUUUCCAUGGCGCAGCAUGGUUGUCAGGGGUGAUGGCACUCUGAGGCGGGUGAAGAGGGACUGGGUCAUUCCGCCUAUCAACGUUGCCGAAAACUCACGAGGACAGUUCCCUGAGGACCUCGUCAGAAUUCGCUCAGACAGAGAUAACAACAGGAUGCUGCGUUACAGUGUGACGGGCCCCGGGGCCGACCAGCCUCCGACCGGCAUCUUCAUCAUCAGCCCAAUCUCAGGCGAGCUGUCUGUCACCAAGCCUCUGGACAGAGAGCACAUCUCCAACUUCCAUUUGCGAGCCCACGCUGUGGACCUGAAUGGGAAUCAGGUGGAGAACCCCAUUGACAUCGUCAUUAACGUCAUCGACCAGAACGACAACAGACCAGAGUUCACACACACCAUCUUCAACGGCACCGUACCGGAGGGAUCCAAGCCUGGAUCUUUUGUGAUGACAGUGACAUCUGUGGACAAGGAUGAUCCAAAAACUGCCAAUGGGAUGCUGCGAUAUAAGAUCCUCUCCCAGAAUCCCCAGAGCCCCUCCACCAACAUGUUCACCAUUAACAACAAGACCGGUGACAUCAUCACUGUGGCAGCAGGCCUCGAUCGGGAGAAAGUCACCCAGUACACACUGAUCAUCCAGGCGACAGACAUGGAGGGGAACCCCACCUACGGCCUGUCCAACACCGCCACCACUGUCAUCAGGGUCACUGAUGUCAACGACAACCCCCCCGAGUUCACCACAGACACAUUCUUUGGGGAAGUUCAUGAGAACCGGGUGAAUGUGAUCGUAGCGAACCUGACGGUGACAGAUAAGGACCAGCCUCACACCACAGCAUGGGCUGCUGUGUACCGCAUCAUCGCCGGAGACCCCACCGGGCGCUUCUCCAUCCCCACUGACCCCACCACCAACGAAGGCCUGCUCACUGUGGUCAAGCCUAUCGACUUCGAGCUGACCCGCUCCUUCAUGCUGACGGUGGAAGCAGAGAACGAGGUCCCGCUGGCCCGUGGCAUGCACCUGCCUCGUCAGUCCACGGCAACCGUCUCCGUACGAAUCCUGGACAUCAACGAGAGUCCAGAGUUCAGCCCCAACCCGAAGUCCAUCAAACUAGAGGAGGGUCUGCCUGCGGGGUCCCUGCUUACCACUUUCACAGCUCAAGACCCCGACCGCUUCCUGAGACAAACUAUCCGGUACUCCAAGAUGCACGACCCUGCCAACUGGCUGGAGAUCGACCCCGUUAACGGUCGGAUUUCCACCAUCGCCAUCCUCGACCGAGAGUCUCCUUACGUCAAAAACAACCUGUACAACGUUACCUUCAUGGCCUCUGAUAACGGUAUCCCGCCUGCCAGUGGCACAGGCACCCUUCAGAUGUACCUGAUCGACAUAAAUGACAACUCCCCCCACGUGUUCCCCCCUGAGGUGGAAAUGUGUGAGAAGCCUCAUCCCAACGCCAUCAACAUCACAGCCAGUGACCCCGACCUGGCCCCUAAUGGCGGACCCUUCGCCUUCGAGCUUGCCAGUCGUCCAUCAGAUGUACGCCGCAACUGGACGCUGCACCGCAUCAACGGCGAGUACGCCCAGCUCCGACUGAGGAUCGGCACUCUGGCCAGCGGGAUCUACGAGGUUCCCAUCAUGAUCACAGACUCUGGGAACCUGCCCAUGUCCAACACGUCCUACCUGAGGGUCAAGGUCUGCCAGUGCGAUCUCCAUGGAGACUGUGUGGACAUGGAGCGAAUCAUCGCUGCUGGUCUUGGCACCGGUGCCAUCAUCGCCAUCCUCAUCUGUAUCAUCAUACUGUUAGUGCUGGUGCUGAUGUUUGUGAUGUGGAUGAAGAGGAGGGAUAAGGAGCGCCAGGCCAAGCAGCUCCUCAUCGACCCAGAGGACGACGUCCGCGACAACAUCCUGAAAUAUGACGAGGAGGGAGGGGGAGAGGAGGACCAGGACUACGACCUGAGUCAGCUUCAGCAGCCUGAUGCCCUGGAGCCAGAGUGCAUCAAGGUGGGGAUCAGACGACUGGAUGAGAGGCCUCUCCACCAUGACCACCAGUACCCCAUCCGCUCUGCUGCCCCCCACCCAGGAGAUAUUGGAGACUUCAUCCAUGAGGGCCUGAAGGCAGCAGACAACGACCCCACCGCCCCCCCAUACGACUCCCUGCUGGUGUUUGACUACGAGGGCAGCGGCUCCACCGCCGGCUCCCUCAGCUCCCUGCACUCCUCCUCCAGCUGCAGCGACCAGGACUAUGACUACCUCGGAGACUGGGGGCCCCGCUUCCGCAAACUGGCCGACCUCUACGGUGGAGGGGAGGAUUAGCACCCCAAACAACCACCCUCCACACCCCAUCCUAAGCUCAGGUUGGGUGGGUGGGGUUAAAGGAAAGAGGAUAAUCGGUGAACAUGAGUUAUGGAUCUGCACUUCAGUAUUACCAAGAGACAGCUCGCUGACGAAGGUGGGCGACACUAGGGACCAUUCUGACUCCUUGCCGAGCAAGGCCUGGCACCGGAUAGCAUUCAGGCUAACAGACAGUAUGAUGUUAUCCCCUAUGCUAACAAAAUGUGAGCAGCCAGACGAGUGCGCUCAGAGAGGGAUGCUGUCUCUAAAGAGCUACAACAGCCAUGCUACAGACGCUCACUUAACACUUGAAUCUCACAGUACAGGAGCACUGGGGUCAAAUGUGCCUUUUUGUACAUUUUUUCUUUUUCGAUUGUGUUCAGUCUCGACUCUGCUUUAAAGCUCCCGAUGUUUUGCGACGGCAGCUGGAGGAGCACUUUGCCAUGAUAAUGACCGUGUGUGUGUUUGCAUUGCACCCCGUUACCUGUAUGUGUGUAAGAGUGUGUGAGUCAUUUCCACAAACACACUGGAUGGACACUAUAAAAGGUUAUGUUAUGUGACAAUGGAGAAUCCUGCCAGCAAAAACAUGGCUCUACUGUACAGCUCUGGGUGUGUAGCUCUCAAUGAAGUAUACAUAUUCUACAUCAUUUAGUUACGUACUCACGAUCGCUGAAGCUUAAUCUUGGCUGUUCCAAAUAUAACGCGAUGGAACACCUUUCCACCUUUUCCUGCCAGCAUAAACAGCGGUCUGCCCUGGAAUUAAUGUGACUGACUGCCCGUGUUAGCAAAGCCGGCCAAAAUCAGAAUAUUUGAUAUCCUCUCCGCGUCCCCCACACUGAUGUUCCUCCUCCAACAUCAUGUCUAAGCUUUGAUGGAAGUGCUCUGAAGAAUGCCUCCCCUGUUUUUAUAUCUCUCUUCUCAGAUAAUCCUGCACAUUUAGUUGCACAACAAAUUAAAUUCUUCACAAACCUAGGAGGUUAUUACAAGCAGCAAAAGGUAUUUUUAGUGCAGUUUAAAUAUUGUGGUUAUGUCCUUGCAGCACUUUCACAAAUGGGAAAUGUUAAUGGGAUGUAUUGGAGCCUAUUUGCCAGAUGAUAAAGUAGAAAAGCAAAGUGGUGCAAGAUAAAGUGAUGAAAUAUGAUUUCCAUUUAUGUUGUGCAGAUAAAAGAAAGAAAAACCUCUCUUUGCAGAAAGAGAGAAAGAGUAGUUUUUGUUUGACAAUUUGACCGAUUUGACAUGGGUAUUCUUAUUCCCUGGAGCAUAAUAACAAGGAUGAAACAUUCAACUUCCAUAAAUGAAAUACACAACAAGUUGAAUCACAUUGAUUUCGUAUAUACAUGUACUGUGCAAAUAACCACUAUAGGUGCUUCUAAAUCUGUUAGUAUGAACCCUGACUUUUUCUCACAAGCAUGGUAUGGCUGUCAAUAUCACAUAAAGACAAAUCCAUGUUAAGUUGCCACGCAAAAGCACAGAGUUGCACACAUUGUAAGGUAAUCUCACAGAACGACUUCAAGUGACUAAUACAGAGCAUCUGUGUCAUGAUCAACACAGCUUUAAAACCAAAUGGAAGGUUUGUUUACGUUGAUUUCUGGAGUCAAUACACCUGAGGAAUAAACAAGCACACAACUCCAUCUCCAGCUCUAUAUUACCAAAUGUAAACAACACAUGUCUGCCAAAGCCUACUGCUGUAACAUGCAAUAUGUGCAGGUAACAAAAACAGUAUCAACUCAUCAUCAUUAUAUCUGCACUGGUCUUCAAAUGUGCCAAGGAGUAUUUGAUCAGGGGUAAUGGUUUAUUUAUACGAGAGCAACCCAUCCUGGUACGUUCCUUCUACGUUAUGGCCACGCCCCUUUUGGGGUGCUAACCAAAUACCAGCUAACAUUUGACUUGAGGUAAAUAAAGAUUCUGAGUACUUCCACCAGUCAGAUACAAAAAUAAUUUGCAUAACAAGCAACAACUAUGGUGAGGCAGGCAAUUACACAAUGUCAUUUGGGAUUGUUCAUUGGCAUUAAUAUGGUAAAAUUAAUAGCAAAAGGGGAUCAAUGUCCUGUCAGUCUGCCAGUGGACCAGUGCCAGGCAGCAUUUAAACACUUGGGAUUUGCUUUACUUGUCAGUAUUUCAUACUUGCAAUACUAAUGCAGCAUUUACAUUCACUACUUUGACUUUUAACAUUACAACGGUUUACUUUGACGUUGACCUCAGCAUCCUUUAAUUAUGACGUUUUUCCCACAGACGUACAGUAUUAAGGGACUGUAUUUGUGUCCUCUGUGGAGGCCUGAAGCCAGAUAUAUUUUCUUUUACCAUCCUUAAGUAAUGGACAUUUAUUUAGAUUUUGAGGCAGACUGGUGAAACCCAGAGCCGUACAGAAGAGCCACAUAUUUUUGACAGUUUGGUGUUCAAAAGCUUGUGAGAAGACAUGUACAGUGAUGCUAGACUUUAGAUAGAACUUCUGUUUUUUGUUUUGCUUUUAUCACAAUGUAACUUAUGCAGCUGAUCGCUAAUAAAGGGAGACUUCAGUCCUUGUUUUUGUAGCAAAAAUUCUUCUUACUCUGCUGUGGUGGAUUAAAUACAAAAAAGGCAAUGUUUAUUUUGUCUGCUGAUGGUUUGCCUUAGUGUUCUCUGGUAGUCUUCAACUGGCUAUUCACUGUAAACUAAAAUAUGUACAGAUUGUAUUGUUUUCUCUUGUUGUUCUUUUGGCUGUUGUCUCGGAAAAUGACAUGCUAAUAUCCUGAAUCCUUGUAUAUGUGUAAUUUGGAUUACAAAUUAAAACGUUUUUGCAUGUU